GAAGGAGAAGAUACGUUAUACUCUGUAAUGGAGCAAAACAACAACAACAAUGUGGAAGAUUUCUCCCUGAAUGUCUUUUCUGUCACUCCUUGUCAGCCGAACAGAUCUGAUGCCCUGGUGUCGGAUGGGGAUAAAGCUGGCACCACUCUGCUCUUUUCAGGUGUGUUUUUGGGACUGGUGGGGAUCACUUUCACCGUGAUGGGGUGGAUAAAAUAUGACGGCAUUACCCACCUGGAGUGGACUCAGUUGCUGGGGCCUAUUCUGCUGUCUGUCGGGGUGACUUUUAUUCUGAUCGCCGUUUGCAAAUUUAACAUGCUUACCUGCAAGCCCUGUAAGGAGAGGGAGGAGAACGCCUCGGAGCCCGACCAGGCUGCGAGCGGACAGUCCUUUGUCUUCACGGGCAUCAACCAGCCCAUAACCUUCCACGGCGCCACGGUGGUACAGUACAUCCCUCCUCCGUACCCAUCCCAGGAAGGCGCUGCCGCCAGUGCCGCCUGCCUUCGCCCGGUGCUCAGCUGCUGCGGCGCCGCUCCCCACGGCGCCUCGCCGGUCCUCAGCGCUGCCUCUCCUCACUUCUGCCCUGCCUACGCCAUGGAUAACCUGGCUUUCGCCGAGGAUGAGAGCUACGCUGCUUAUCCCGCAGAGAAUUCCAGGAGUCAGAGGUCAGAAGACAGUUCUGAUGAGCCAGAAGGACUCCUGGAAGACUAUGCCCUUAAUAACUUGUCACCUCCACGUUAUGAGGAAAUAUACCCUUUGUCUUCAUAAAAUCAUCAUGGGCCAGAGACAACGAUCCUAAGAGAUGCCAGAAAGAAUCCCAAAACAUCUUUUCUUUAAACACUUGUGUGAUAAGACAGUGUGAGCAAGAUCUUGGUAUUUAUACACAGUUCAGUAGCACUGAGGAUAUUUAACUGAUCCUUUCCUUUUUCUCUGUCAAAAUUUGUUAGCCCCUUGCAAUGCAGCUUAAUAGCAGAGCUAUUAAUUAUUUAAUAGCAAAACUAUUAAUAGCAAAGCUAUUAAACUCAAGGAUCUAAAUCCAUAUUAGGAUUCUCCAACAAGAGUCUUGAUUUUCAGACUUGCUGAAACCAGUGUGAACUCUGAAUGCACAAGAUGUUUGUGGAAGAUCAUGAUUGCUCCUGGAUAUCCAUCGUUAGAAAAUACUUGAUUUUUCUCUCGAUGUAUUUUCAUCCUUGACUGCUUGGAAAACUUCAAAAGUGCUCAAGUGUCUGAUCUGUGAAAUUGAAUUUUCUGUCUUAAUUUUGUUUGAUUCUUUAGAAGAGCUUACUCAUUAAUAAGUCCAGUCCACAGAUUAGACUUCCUUAGCUUCUUUUACCUGGGCAACCCAGUCCUGCUGCAUAACCCAGUCCUGUAGGCAUUUUUUUGGAGCUUGAACCACAGCAUCUCAGAACAGAGAAAACAGAUACUGGCUUCUGCCCACUUUUUGACCUCUAAGACAUCCUGAGUGCAUCAAAUUCCGCUCCCUUCCCCUCCUGAUGGGAGGCAAAGCAGAGUCUCCCACCAGGAGUCCUAAUAACAGUGAGGUUAAUGUCCCUGAAGAAAAUGGGAUCUUUCUGAAGCCUCAGCAGAGAUGUGUGAUCCUGCCACUGCUAAGGGCUUUGACAAUCACAGCUGCUGCACCCCCUCCUCUGUGGGAGGGCUGUGGUGAAACCCCUCUGAGGUCCCUUUUAUUUGAAUGUGGAUCUUCAGGCACACAGCCCAGGCUGCAGGUUGCCCCCAGAGUAUCUAAACAACUGUGGGCUGUGGUAAACUUUCUUGCUCAAGUUCAGCUUGGUUCCAUGCAUUGAAUCCACAACAAAUUGAGAUUAGCUCAUUUGAUUAGAGAAUGGUGGUGCUGGACACCAAGGCUGUGGUUUUGAUCCCUGUAUGGGCCAUUCACUUAAGAUUUGGACCUGAUGAUCCUUGUGGGUCCCUUCCAAUUAACAAUACUCUGUGAUUCUGUGAAAUGUAUUUACAGCUGUAUUUAACAAAAGAUAAAGUGUAUUAGCUCUGAAAUCUUGCAGUCCAGAUUGAAGACCCAAAAGAUUUUGCUCAGGAGCUUUUUAACCCCAGAGCAAUGGCAAUGCUAAGAGUCCCUACAUUUUGUUUUAUCCUGUUUAGCCUGUUUUAGAUUCUGCUUUUGAAUGUGACUAGAAGUGUGACAGAGCUGGACAAGCCAGCAUUUCCCUAUGAUGAUCCCAUUAGGUUUGCUUAUCCUGAGCCCCUCGGAGGGCUCAAACCCAAAGCUGAUCUCAGCUCUCACCUGCUGGAGUGGGCAUCACAUGGAAUGCCCUGGAGGGCGAUAGUCAGUGUCUGAAAAUAACCAAGCAGUGCACUGCUGGUGUGCCUGUGGGUCAGACUGCUGGCCUGGCACGGCACAGCUGAAAACAGGUGUCCAUUAUGGAACGCAUCAGCUCUCUCUUACUCGUUAAUGCAGCUGCCUCAGCUCUUCCCAGAUUUCACCCAUUUCUGUGGUUGUUCUCAAUCCCUGGGGGCUGGAGGAGGUUGGCAUUUGAGCACAGGCAGCUGCACACCAGCCUGAUGUACCUGAACGUCUCGGAGUUUCUAUGCAGCUCCUCUGGCAAUCAGGAGGCAUAGCUCUGGAUGGAGAUGUGCAUUCAGAACAUGGUCCAGCUGUGUGGACCUGCACAACUCCCUGUCCUGUACACUUAGAAGAUGCCAAGAAAUGAAGCAUUUGGGGGUGGGAGGGUCACAAAAUAACCACUGUGCUCUGCAGUGAUGGAUAAGACGCUGACAGAAGUCGUAUUUGGGACACAACAUUUAAACAGUCUCUAAGCUGGAAUAGCAACUGCAGCAGCAGCUACUGAGCAGUGAGUGCAAAGUUUGUGUGAGGUUUUUCUCAUUAGAGAAAUAUGGGACACACUGUUUUUCAGCUGUGCUGGCCUGGUGUUAGCAGGUGGCUGGAGAAGGGGAGGCACGUGUAGCUGGAGAAGGGGAGGCAUGCUGUGUUCAGCAUGAUCUCUAUGGGAUUGAGUGAGAGAAUAGAGGAUCUAAAAAUAAAUGCUAGUUUCUCUUAUGGAAGUGUCUUGCUCCUCUUCUGGAGUUUACACGGAGGUGAACUCAUCCUCCCUCCGCAGCAGGAAACUGGAUGGUCCCAAAUCCCCAGUUAGUUCCACAUGGACAGAGCCCUGCACUUAGCACGUAGUUCUGCUGACUCCAGCAAGCACUGCAGUAGCACAGAGGUCAGGCUUGAUGGAUCCAAUUGCAGGACUAGGGUCAGAAUUUCUGCCCAGUCGCCCUCCUCCACAACAAGAAAAUUCCUUCUGUCAAACACCGCAGACUUUCCCUGCUGCUCUUCCCUCCUCCCUCCCCCCACACCCCUGGCAUAAGUUUUGUGUGGUGGUAAUAUCUUUAUUUUUAUUACAUCAAAUAAUACUGACAGAGUGAACAAAGAAAACUCAGAAGACUGCACUGUCUUCUCCAUAUGGAUUUGGAAGUUUACUUUUAGCUAUAUUCAUUGAAAAAGGUUGGAAGAGUCCUGGGUUUCUCUUUAAAGAGGAGAUUGACUAUUAAGUUUAAGUAGCUAUGUAUUGAAUUUAUCUUGACCCACCAGAUGAAUUCUGGCUGAAUUCUUGUGGGAGUCUUCUCACACUCAACAGAUAUUUGAGAAACUCUUGGGUGGUGACAUUUCCUUGCUGCACUGAGUGCUGAUCAUCAGUUUUAAGAACAGAGACAAGUUCCAUAAAGGCUUUUUCUUCCUUCUCUUCCUUCCAUCUUUUACUUUCAUCCUCUUUUUCUGUUCUAACACUCUUUUUAACUUCAGGGUUUGGGGAGGUUGCUGG